AGUUCAUGAUUUGAAACACUCAGCAAAGUUUCUACUUUAUAAUCGCUAUGGCAGCAAAGCAGAAGCAAGAGGAACCUUUUACUUCACUUAUAACGGGAACGUACAGCUGUUGCACUCAUAUUCGUAGGCGCCAGUCAAUCAGACCGAAUGGCCCUCGAAAAUCCUUCCAACAGUAUUUCCUUGCAGAAUUUAUCCAUUUGUGACAACGAAAACUCUGUAUUAUUCAAAACCGGCUCAGAAUGGACUCGAUUGUCGAAACCGAGGCAAGGGGAAAUCAUUGUGAGGGUCACUGUCACGUUGUGUCUGAUUGGCCUGGGAAUACUCACAGUACUGUCCAUUAUUGCAUAUAUGAAGAUAUCUGUUGAUGUUAAAGAACUUCAAGAUUCAUUGAAAAGCGUCAAUGGACUAAGCACACGCCAAGGAAAUGAUUUACAGCUCGGUGAUCAUAUUAACCAAAUGCAAACUCUUAUGGAUGCCCUAAACAUGUCCACUCUCUCUGAGCUACAAAACCUUAAAGAAGAAGGUUUCCAUAUCUCAGAGAGCCUAAACGUGAUGACUGUGUCUCUAAAUAAUGUUAAUUCUUCACUUCUAUCCAAAUUUCAAAGAAUGGAAAAAAAAGCUGUAACAGUUCUGGACAACAUUCAAACGAUGCAAGAUUCCCUCUCACGGGUCGGAUUGAAUGUGCAGACUCUGAAGGAAGCCGACAAGCAGUUUUCUCAAGUCCAAGAACAGAACUCAAAUUCCAUACAGUUAUUCAAGGAUUCCGUUUCUUUGCAACUCCAACAAGUGAUGUCACUUGUGGCAAAUUUAUCUGGCAAGAUAGAGAAGCUGGAAGAACUGAACUCAACCCUGAUGUCAAUGUUGGAGCCCAAGGACAGGAAUCACUGCCCAGAACAUUUUAUGUUAUACGGUGACAAGUGCUAUCUUUUUUCAUUGAUCGCGGACACCUUUCCAAAUGCAAAGAGAGAAUGCCAAUUAACACAAUCAUACCUCAUGGUGAUUCACAACGAGGCAGAACAGAAAUUCAUUGCGGAUCGAUUAGGUUCCAACCUUUACUGGAUUGGGCUCACUGACUCAGUCAAAGAAGGUGACUGGCGCUGGGAAGAUGGUACAAGUUACUCAAGCACACCGAAAUUCUGGAAAUCUGGUCAACCAGACAAUUUUCAGGAUAGUGAACACUGCGCACACCUUUUUGAUGAUGGUCUGUGGAAUGAUAAUACUUGCACCAUGCAGUAUAAAUAUAUUUGUCAAAAACUCCCUGACUGAUGUAAUACUAAGAGAAUAUUUAUGAACAUGAGCAAGCAAAGGACUUUACAAAACAAACUGAAUACAAAACGUAAAAUGUCUGAUUCUUAAUAAUAUGCUUAUUAAUCCAAUUAUCGCAGUUUACAUAUGCUCCACAGAGCAUUUGGUCAAACCAACGUGGUCCAUACACGCACCCUGCAAAGAUCACUUCUUGAAAAUUCCCAUGCAUCCUUUCCUUAAAUUAUAUUUUGCAUAAUAUGAUGUUAAUACUCAUUAUUAAUGAUGUGUCAUGAGGGCAACAAUUACACCAUGGACUUACAUAUAUUUUCUUUUUAUCAUUAAAUGUGCAUUCAAAUUAUAGCAUAAUUCGUGAGAAAAUCAUUGGACAGUAUUUUUGUGACAAAUUUCAAGGUAUUACUGAGUAUUUGAUAAUAAAUCUUAUAUCUAAUAAAGGAAAUUCCUUAUCAAA